AUGGAGUUGGAUGACCCAAUUUACAAACAAAUUCUGCAAAUGAAAAUUUAUGCUCACGCACAUUUACAAAGGAAUAUGUCUGAGGAACAAAUGCUGGACGCUCGUAACUUGAGUAUGAGUCAGGUUAGCAAUUUGUCUCUCCCUUUACAUACCAAUGAACCUUUGUUAAUCAAAGAAGAAAAUGGAAAAGAAAAGAAUACCCAACAAUGUAAUAAAGGAUUUGAUAAUCCUGUAUUUUUAAUUGAAGAUGCUGGAGUUAAUUACAAAAAAGGUACCAAUACAUUGUUUGAAGAAGCUGCAGCCAAACAAAUGCCAGAUGAUUUCUGUAGGAAACUUGAUGAGAAGUUCAUCCCAGUCAGUCAUGAAUUUGAAAUUAAUAAACUGGAUCAGCAGGAAAAACAACAGCAAUUAAGGCGCCGAGAAAGUUUGGAAUCAUCAAGUAGCAAGGACACUUCACUCUCAGGAAACCAGGUUUCUCAAUUCAAAUUUUCAAAGCUUGAUAGAGAUUCUACGGGGACAGCGAAAAUGGGUUAUGGUCGAUCACCAUUACUUAGUUCAAGGUCAGCAUGGAGUGAUCAAGUGUGUUGGCCUCGAAAAGAGUCAAUGGAGCAUGUAUAUGAAAAUGCCUCAGUAGAUGAAUCAUUCAAUUUUUCGAAUGUCAGUCGGACAUUGAGUGAACAGAUGCACGAAUUGGUUCGGGCAUUCUCAAGCCGUACACAAAGAGUAAAGGAAAAGACUACAUUACCACCUACGCCUACAUCAUCAUCGUCAUCAUCAUCAUCAUCACUUUCCAGUCUUGAAGUGCAAUCAGUUCAAUCAAAAGAUGAGGAUGAAGAAGAAGGAUCUUCAAGGCAGCAGAAUUUAGGAUCCUUUUUACCUAUAAGUUCACAGGGCAGUGGCUCUCUAUCCACUACAAAAAGUGAUCAACUAAUACAACUUGGCUGCUGCCAAAUCAAAUUGCCAAAAUGUCUCCAGUGCCUUAAGUUUCCUGAAAUUCUGGAUCCCCAGAGUAAACUUUACAUGUCUUGGUUAGCAUUAGUAACUCUUGCCUUUUUAUAUAACUGCACUGUGAUACCACUGCGAGGAGUAUUUCCAUAUCAGAAUCCCACCAAUUUAUAUUACUGGAUGAUUUUUGACUAUAUUUGUGAUUUCAUUUAUUUAAUUGAUAUCAUACUUUUCAAAUCAAGAGUACAGUUUGUCAAUGAAGGAUUAUUAGAGACAGAUAAAAAAAUUAUAAGGAAAAAAUAUUUUAUGGGACGCAUGUUUAAAUCUGAUUUAGCAUCUUUAUUACCUCUAGAUUUGUUUUAUCUAAUGCCUGAAGUUCAUUUCAAUAGUUGGCUUCGGUUGCCAAGAAUGUUAAAGAUAUUAACAUUUUGGGAGUUUUAUGAUCGCUGUGAUAAGGCUGCAAGAUCUGCUCAUGCAGUAAGAAUUAUCAAGACUAUGACUUACAUGCUGUUUCUUAUCCACAUUGAAACAUGUGGUUAUUAUGCAGUUUCUGAUUAUGAAGGAAUUGGUACAAACAGAUGGGUUUAUAAUGGCUCAGGAAAUGCUUACAUUAGGUGCUUUUAUUUGGCUACAAAAACUGCAACCUCUAUUGGGAACAAUCCAAAGCCCACAAACCAACUGGAAUUUAUAUUCAUGACUUUUUACUGGCUUUCGGGAGUUUUUGUAUUUGCUCUUUUAGUUGGUCAGAUCCGAGAUAUUGUCCAUGCUGCUGGCCAAGUGGAAGCUAGUUAUCGCAAACAAAUGGACAUUACAUUUUGGUAUAUGCAGUCAAUAAACUUACCAAAGGAAAUGCAAGCACGAGUUCGUAAUUGGUUCAACUACAAUUGGGAGCAACAAAAAACUUUAGAUGAAAAUUCUUUGAUUGAAUAUCUCCCAAGAAAAAUGAGGAUAGACUUGGCCAUCCAGGUUCAUUAUAGUACAUUAAGUAAACUAAAAAUAUUUCAGGAUUGUGAUCAAAAUUUAUUAUUUGAUCUGGUUGCAAAAUUAAGACCCGUGCUUUGUCUCCCAGGGGAUUUCAUAUGUCAUAAGGGUGAAGUUGGAAAAGAGAUGUACAUUGUCAACAAUGGUCAAGUGGAGGUAGUUGGGGGAUCUGACAAUAAUACAGUCCUAGCAACCCUCCAUGAAGGAAGUGUAUUUGGAGAAAUAAGCUUGUUGGCAAUUUCUGGAAGUCGUAGAACUGCAGAUGUCCGGUGCAAAGGUUAUGUUAAUCUGUUCAUUUUAUCCAAAGCUGAUUUUAAUGAAACCAUGAAUGACUACCCUGAAGCACAGAAGCUCUUGAAAAAACGUGCAAAAAAACUUUUAAAAGAAAAUGCACGAUUAGCAAGACAAGAAGUCAAGAAAGACUGUGAAGCUAUUAUCAAAAGCCCAAAAGAAACACCCAAAUUUGUGAAAACAGUUAUGAAGGUAAUGGAUCCAGAAUCAGAACUUGUUCAAAAGAUGGAAGCUAAAGUUAAUUAUCAACGGAAAAUAUCCAAUAUAAGUAACUGUUCAAAUUCAGAACCUCGUAUUGAUAUUUCUUCCUCAACAGACAGAACAAUAAGUGAUAAUUAUGUCAAUUCACUCUCAUCAGGAAGUCUCUCUCUCUCGGAUAUUCCUAAUGAUUAUGGAGAUGAUGACAGUUUAUUUGAAGAUGAUGAUGUGUUUGAAGAUGAUUUUUUAGACAUCCUAAAUGAAAAUGAAACGUCACCAAUAUCAGAUGAUACAAAAACAAUGCAGAAUUUAACAGAAACUAACAAUGAAAUCAGCCAGUCAUCAAGCAGUUUGUGUUCUCAAAUUUUUGAUAUUCCUCAAAUACUUUUCUUUUUAUCAUUAACUUAA